UCUCAUCCAGUGGUUUGACACAGCACCGAGCCGGACUUGCCCGCAGUGCCGAAUCCAGGUCAGCAAAAAGCACAUCAUCAGUAAGCUGUUUUUUGAUGUUGCCCUGGAGGAGCAGACAGCACCAGAUGCAGAGGCUUUGCAGAAUGAACUGGACCGGGUGAAGGCUCAGCUCUCCUUUAAAGAGAAAGAAAAGCGGGAAUGUCAGGCCCUCGUGGACAGGCUGAGGGACACUCUGGAUGUGCGCAAUGCCACAAUAGAGUCACUCCAGAAGGUGCUGGGAGAGACUGAGAUGCUGUGCUCCUCUCUCAAGAAGCAGAUGAAAUUCCUGGAGCAGCAGCAGGAGGAUAACAGAAGUUCAAAGGAGGAGGCCCGCCGCCUGCGGAACAAGCUGCGAACCAUGGAGCGGAUUGAGCUGUUGCUUCAGAGCCAGCGCCCUGAAGUGGAGGAGAUGAUCCGAGAGAUGGGAGUGGGGCAGGCAGCAGUGGAACAGCUCGCGAUCUACUGCGUCUCGCUGAAAAAGGAAUAUGAAAACUUGAAGGAGGCUCGGAAAAUCUCUAGUGAGAUGACGGAGAAGCUGAAGAAAGAGCUGUUUUCUGUCAACAAUAAGCUGCAGAAAACGGUUUCAGAGUUGGAGAAGACAAAGGAGGAGUUAAAAAGCACCCAGAAGGAUCUGAAGAAUGCGGACAAGGAGAUCUUGAGUUUGAAGAAGAAGAUAGACAUCCUGCAGGAUACUCUGAAAGUCCCGUCUGUAACCAGAGAGACGCUCAGUCGGCUGGUCUUCGAAAGCCCUACUCCUGUGGAACUGCGGCACCCGAAGCUCCACCACCCGGCCCACAGCGAUGAGAUCAAUCUGGAUGCCACUUACGAUGUGGACACCCCUGAACAUCAGCCCUGCAGUUCUCCCUUCAGCCCUGCAAAAAGGCAAAAGCUGGAUAAAAAGCCGCCUCCUGUGGUAAAUCUGGCAAAGAAAGUUCUGAAGGAAACAGUGGAGAACUGGGCAGAUGAUCUGGAGGAUGAUGCUCUCAAAGGACUCUUGCCAACAUUCAUAAGGAACUCUGUUCUCUCCAAGAAGCCAUCUUCGGGUAGCUUACUGGGUCCUCACAAGAACACGGGCACCGUGAGGAUGGGUUAUGAUGGCUUGGGAGGCAGAACAAAGUUCAUACAGCCUACAAACCUGGCAGAAAUCCGUCCGUCAGCGGUGAGGAGCAAGAAGAAAAACGUCUCCAGGCCUGCAUCUGCAGCUCCCUCUGCGUCUUCCUCCAGCAGCAGCCAGGCCAGACUGGACGGUUUCCUGCAGUGA